GAACAUUGGACUUUCCUGAAAGGAUGAGGCCCAUCGUCGUCAUUGGACGCUACGGUUGCCUGCUUCCAAGGGCAUGGCCCGUUAAGGCUCAACCUUUUGGGAGCGUGCAGCGACACGCUUUUACGUGUUCGGCUUUCGUUUUUGGGGAGGGUCGUCAGCGUCCAGAAUGUCACUCAGUGUUCCGCACACGACAAUGGCCGUAUGGGGUUUAUCGCCCACCUAUUUUCAAAGCACCCCUUCCAUUCCCGCGCCUUCAAUACUUCUACCAUCGUGGCCCAUUAGCUGAGAUACCACCGUUGGGACGCAUAGUAGUUUCCGUCGCCACGGGUGUCAUUGUCUUCAACGCGCUAAGACCGUUUCUAUGGACAGUAGUUGCCUUGGUGGCGGGAUAUUAUGCUUACAAGAAUGUAUUGAAUUUUUUACAUCGACGGGCUGGGGAAAGGUAUCCGCCAACACUGACGGAUAUGAUAUCCGACCGUAUGGGUAUCCCUCGUCCUCCGAAGGCGGCGCUCGGGCCCGACCCAUCCGGAUUGGGACUGUUGGGCUCACUAUUUCGUGGAGUCAUGGCACCAGCACUUCGAACUUUAGCAGAUGCUAACGGACAUUCUCAGCGUCUUCAAGAAUCCGCAAUGGACUGCCUUCGCAGGCACAUUCGGUCCACAGCGCCAGAAGAUCUUACGUUGGUCGUUGGAAAUAUUGACGCUGCACGAGCCGCUACCCCUCAUAGUGUUAUGACCGCAUCAUCAUUUGGGGAUGUGGGACAGGGAAUGAACACACAGGUAGAGUUUACUGUCACAUCUGCAGCUGGGAGGAAUUUGAUCGUCCAAGCGGUUGGAUCUGCCAACGGUAGCACCGACAGCCUUACCUUGACGGACGUGAAGGUAAUCGAUCCCGUGAGUGGGCGUCACUGGGAUAUACCGUGUCGUGCAAGAGGGGCAGAUGGUAGACCAACAGUUAUCGAUGCAGACUUCAACGAAGUACCCAAAGGACCUUAAUCCCAGCGUAGCGAGGAAGGCGUUCAGCUGAAGGAUGUAUCGUCAUUUGUACAUAAGGAUGAGAUAUUGCAUUGUUUCUAGAUGAGAUGAUCGCUAACGGAACAAGACACAGACUGUAUCAGAUUUGUUCACCAUAGCGAUAUAUCUCUUGAGUGACGUCCUCGAAUGAAAUUUGCGCACUUAGUUUUAUUGCUGCGUAGUGGGUGCCUUCCACUUCAGACGUACGAUCGAAGGCCGACCCUACUGGUGAAGGCUUCGAGCUUGUACUAUCUCCAUUAUCUCCAUUCCUCAGCGUUCAAUAGACAUUCACCACCAACCACGUUCAAACGGGGUGCAGGGGUUUACUACACUGCUGGGAGAACACCAUUAUCCAUCUAAGCAGUAUCUUUCUAAAGCGUUUCUCGAAGGUGGUCAAUUCAGGGCCUAGUAUCCCCAGCUUGGAUAUAAAG